UCCAAAAUCCAAACAAGAAUAAUCUUAUUCUAUCUAUCUAUUACUCAAAAAAAACUAGUCAACCAUAAAGAGAAGCAUUAAUUAAAGAGUGAGAUUAUUAUUAUUAUUAUUAUUAUUAUUAUUAUUAUUAUUAUUAUAUAUUAUUAUUAUUAUAUAUUAGCUCCUCUUGAAAAACCAAAGCUCUUUGCUUAAAACACAGAAUUUAAUUUACUACUACCGCUGGAUCUAAAACGGCACCGUUUCUUUCCGCUAACCAAUCCAACCGGAAAACUCAUCAGAGAACCAAGACCACCACCACCACCACCACGGCCGGCACCGGCGCCGGGGAAAGAAGAUCAAUCAAACAAUCAAUUCUUUGCUUUCUUUCUUUUUGCAUUGGAGCAAUUGGAAGAGUUCAUCUCAGUGGUAAAGCCGAUUCAACAGUGAUUCGUAUAUAUAAUCAAUCGAUAUACGAUGAAGCUCGUCAGCUCUUCAGCAACCGACAUACUGAAAACUCCGACAUUUGUCAAAAUCUCCGCCAUUGUUCUAAUCUCUCUCUCUGUAUUCUUCCUCGGUACUCAUUUCUACUCUAAUUCCUACUAUCCUCUCGCCUUUAACUUUUUCUCCCCUGCUUCUUCCUCUGAUGCCGGCGGUGAUGGUGAUUUUCGAGCAUUCGCUUCGUCUGUUGAUUCCCCUUCGCCUAUGGAAUCUCCAGCGUCUCCGCCUCUUCCAUCACCGCCGCUGAUAGUUUCACCUCCGCCUCCUCCGCCGCCUCCGCCGGUUGCGAGAAGGACAGGGAUAGUUGAUGAGAAUGGGGCAAUGUCGGAGGAGUUUGAGGUUGGAGAGUUUGAUCCGAAUUUGAUUGAGGAUAUGAGGAAUUCUAGUGGUGGAGAUGAGAGAAUAGAUGAUGGAGUUAAGGAGAAAGUUAGGGUUGAGAAGUUCAAGGUCUGUGAUCAGAGUAUGGUGGACUAUAUUCCUUGUUUGGAUAAUGUGGAGGAGAUCAAGAAGUUGAAUUCAACUGAAAGAGGGGAGAAAUUCGAAAGGCAUUGCCCUGGCCAAGAUAAAGCUUUGGAUUGCGUGGUGCCGAGGCCUAAAGGCUACCAGAAUCGGAUUCCAUGGCCGCAAAGUAGAGACGAGGUAUGGUUCAGUAAUGUUCCUCAUACACGUCUGGUUGCAGAUAAAGGUGGUCAGAAUUGGAUAACUGUAAAGAAAGAUAAAUUUGUUUUUCCUGGAGGUGGGACACAGUUUAUUCAUGGUGCUGAUAAAUACUUGGACCAGAUUAUUGAGAUGGUUCCUGAAAUUGCAUUUGGGCGAAACACCCGAGUUGCUUUAGACAUUGGUUGUGGAGUGGCAAGUUUUGGAGCCUUUUUGAUGCAACGUAAUGUGACCACUUUGUCAAUAGCACCGAAAGAUGUUCAUGAGAACCAGAUUCAGUUUGCAUUGGAGCGAGGUGUGCCUGCUAUGGUGGCUGCAUUUGCCACAAGGCGGUUGUUGUAUCCAAGCCAGGCAUUUGACUUGAUUCAUUGCUCAAGAUGCAGAGUUAAUUGGACUCGUGAUGAUGGAAUUUUGCUUCUCGAGGUCAACAGGUUGUUAAGGGCCGGAGGAUACUUUGUUUGGGCAGCACAGCCUGUUUAUAAACACGAAGAAAACCUGCAAGAACAAUGGAAAGAAAUGGAAGACCUCACCAGUCGUAUAUGUUGGAAACUUGUAAAGAAGGAAGGGUAUAUUGCUAUAUGGCAGAAGCCUUUAAACAACAGCUGUUAUUCUAAUCGCGAACCCGAAGUGCAGCCGCAGCUAUGUGAUACUACUGAUGAUCCAGAUAGUGUUUGGUAUGUUGGUUUGAAGCCAUGUAUUACCCGAUUGCCUGAUAAUGGUUAUGGAGCUAACCUUACUACAUGGCCUGAACGUCUUCUAACUCCACCAGAAAGACUCCAGAGCAUAACUAUGGAUGGCUACAUAUCUAGAAAAGAACUUCUUAAAGCAGAAUCGAAGUACUGGGCAGAGAAUAUAAAGGGCUAUCUUAAUGCUUAUCACUGGAAGAAAUUGAACUUUAGAAAUAUUUUAGACAUGAGAGCUGGAUUUGGAGGGUUUGCAGCAGCUCUCAUCGAGCACCAAUAUGAUGGCUGGGUUAUGAAUGUUGUCCCUGUUAGCGGGUUCAAUACCUUACCUGUUAUAUAUGAUCGUGGACUCAUCGGAGCUAUGCAUGAUUGGUGCGAGCCUUUCGACACUUAUCCAAGGACAUACGACUUAAUACAUGCGGCUGGUCUCUUCUCUCUUGAGAAAAAAAGAUGCAACAUGACAAGCAUAAUGUUCGAGAUCGAUCGGAUGAUGAGACCUGGUGGUCGGGCUUAUAUACGUGACUCGAUAUCUAUAAUAACCGAACUUCAAGAAAUUGCUAGUGCCCUAGGUUGGGUGCCUGCAUUGCACGACACAAGCGAGGGUCCUUUCGCAAGCUGGAAAGUCCUCAUAGGCGAGAAGCGAUUGUGACAAGCUCAAAACUCAAGGUUUCCAUCUACCUCGAAAGUCUCCAACUAAUUAAAUAGAAAACUUUAAGCUAAGCUAACAGGUAUGUCAUUACGCGAUUUCAAUUGUCCAGAGUCCUAAGAAAAGAGAAUUAGGAAAACGAAGAAAUUUCGUAGUAACAAAUUGUAUUGAACAUUGAUAAUAAGAUAAGAUAAGCAAGUUGGUUUUUUGUUUAA